CGCGCCAUUCGCACAGCCCGUUGUAGCACUCAGCUGGCGACUCACGAUGACGUUGUGUCAUCUCUCCUGGACUUGAGCAUUAUGGAGGCUCGUCAGGACGACUCACGAGACACGUUAACGUCCUCCGUCGUCUACUCGGGAGAUUUCGUUCACCCUCGAGUGGUUGAGGAAGCUCGCCUAGCUACCUCUGGGUCUCGCUCUCCUAUCUCCGUUACCCUCGGAGAUAACAAGACACAGUGCUUCUUCGAUCAGACGGUCCCCGACCUCCACUUCUCCCUCACCCUCCAGCCAUCGGAUAGUACCCAGACGCCUAGGCGCUUCCAUUCCUCCGCAUACUUCGACGUGCUGGAGACUGGGUACGACUUUAUCCUUGGCACUCCCUGGUCUCGCCGGUUCCGCAGCACAAAGGCCGAAUGGGCGACCGAGACACUCGUUCUCAAAACGAAGUGUGGUCAGACCCAUCGCGUUCCAUUCAUUGGAACCACAGGCGACACCCCUCCCGACCUACCUCCCCAGGACCCUCGUCCCUCAGGGUCCCACCCCGACAUUGCGUUCACCUCCCCUCGUCAGUUUGCUCACUUCAUACGACAGGAGGACGUCACAUUCUACUCAGUGAACGUCAUGGAUCUGCUUCGCUAUGAUCCACUCUGUCCCGAGGUUGAGCUCAUAUCUCUGGAGCCCGAUCCCCCUGACCCUUCCUCCAUCUUCGCGGCUCCCAUCUCCACAUCCACCCGCCAGCCUGCGGAUACCCCUCCACGUCCCAGGCCCACCGUCGAGUCCACAUAUACGUCUCGUGCCGACGCAGACGCUGAGGAACUCACACGGUUCACGGCAGACUUAGAGCCUUCCGUUCACGACCUGAUUCGAGAGUACCGCGACGUCUUUCCCCCGUACUUCUCAUACAGCGGGAUUCCCCCGAUGCGCGGUGUUGAGCAUUCUAUACAGCUCGUGCCUGACUAUCGUGUUCACUAUCAGGCACCGUACCGACUCUCGAUUCCAGAGGCGACGGAACUCAAGCGUCAACUUGAGGAACUCCUUCGACUGGGUUUCAUUAAACCCAGUAACUCCCCUUGGGGUGCAUCUGUCCUCUUUGCUUGCAAAGCGGACGGAACUCUUCACCUCUGCAUCGACUACCGCAGCCUUAACCGUUACACAGUUAAGAACAACUAUCCCAUGCCUCGCGCGGAUGAGCCGUUUGAUCGUUUGGCAGGCAACCGCUUCUUCACGAAGAUCGAUCUUCGUAGCGGUUACCACCAGAUCCGUGUUGCCAGAGAGGAUCAGCCGAAGACCGCCUUUCGGUCGCGCUUCGGUCACUACGAGUUCAUGGUGAUGUCAUUCGGUCUCACCAAUGCCCCCGCCACCUUCCAGACGGUGAUGAACGACAUCUUCAGGGACGUCCUUGAAGAAUACGUUCUUGUAUACCUGGACGACAUCUUGGUCUACAAUCGUACCUUAGAAGACCAUCUCAUACACCUCCGCGAUGUGCUACAGCGCUUACGCAAGCAUGACUUCUAUGCCAAGCUCAGUAAGUGCCGCUUUGCCCAGCGCAAAGCGGACUUCCUAGGACACCAUGUGUCUGACCAGGGUCGCCACAUGGACGACGCGAAGAUCACUGCUAUUGCAGAGUGGCCCGUCCCCACAUCUGCCAAGCAGCUUCGCAGUUUUCUAGGCCUCACCAGCUACUAUAGUAAUUUUAUCCAGGGAUACGCUAGGUAUUCCUACGUCCUUACCUSCACCCUCCUCCGGAAGAACCCGCCGUGGUUUUGGACACCCAUGUGCGAGGACGCCUUUUGCGCCCUCAAGAAGGCAGUGACUUGUGCGCCGGUUCUUCGCCUCCCCGAUUUUGAUCGUCCCUUUAUCGUCACCACCGAUGCGUCAGACUUUGCAGUAGGAGUUGUCUUUUCUCAGAUGUUUUCCUCUCCUCCAGAUUCACCUUACCCCCAUGUUCCUCCUUUCCCCCCCACUCCGGCUGACACUGCUUCUCGAUUGACGCCUACCCUCCCACCACUUCCCUCCACUGACAAUCCUCCUGUUACUUACUCCCCGACCAUCGCGGAGGAUGGGACUGUCGAGGCUCGUGCUGGGGAUUGCCCAAUCGCUUUCUACUCCCGUCAGCUACUGCCUGCCGAGAUAAACUACACUGCCGAUGAACGUGAGGUUCUCGUAGUAGUUUAUGCUACCCGGCAUUGGCGUCAUUAUCUGCACGGGGCGCCCUUCACGGUGCGCACGGACAACUCAGUUGUCCAGGCUUUCCUCACGAAGCCUAAGCUUUCCCCUCGACAGGCACGCUGGUGGUGUGACUUAUCCGAGUUCAGUUUCACCACUCAGCCCAUCAAGGGUGAAACGAACCGCAUCGCCGAUGCCUUGUCCCGCCGUCCUGAUCACAAUCAGGAACCCAUCCAGCUUGCUAUCAUCUCCAUCACCACUGUUGAUCAGUCGGUGAUCGACGUGUAUCGCACUCAGUACCGCCACUGCCCCGAUUAUCGUGUCAUCCACGCGACACUGCGGAGUGGCAAGACCGUUCCUUCCUACUCCCUCGGGGAGAACGUCCUCGUGUACUGGCAUGGCAGAUCUGGUCAGCUAGAACAACGUAUCUGCGUUCCCUCCACCGGACAACUCCGUGUCCAGGCUGUAGAAGAGUUCCAUGACCAGGCAGCUGUCGGACAUAUGGGUUUCCACAAGACGUUGGCUCGUGUUUGCCGCCUAUACGUCUGGCCGAAGUCCAAGGACUUUGUCAAAGCCUACAUCCAGAAGUGUCCUACCUGCCAGGAGGUGAACAGUGCGAACCACCUUCCGUAUGGACCGUCCGAGCGCUUCGCCGGACACCCUUAUGAGCACCCUCCACCUAUCAUGGUGGACAGUCACGAGGAGUUCGUUGUUUCCGACAUCGUAUCACGCCGAGUUACCGACGAUACCCCUCCACGCAUCGAAUACCUUGUGCAUUGGAAGGGCUACCCUGGUGAGGAGGCUACUUGGGAGCCCCUCGAGCACUUGCAACACGCCAGGAUGUUGGUGCGUGCAUAUGAUCGUGCUCGUCGUGCUGAGAUAUCUGCCCGUGCUCAGCCGACUGACCCUCUUCCUCCUCCUUCGGCUGAGGAGAUUGCCGAGGAUGAACCCGCUCCCUCUGAGGCCGUUCCUCAGCUGCAAACGGUCGCCUCCGAGCGUCCACAGCGCACUCAUCGUCGCCCUUCGCGUUACGAUGACUGACACUCUUAUCCUCUAUCUUUCCCCUACUGACUCACACCAUCAGGUACUCCAUCAUCAGCUUCUUAAGGAUGUCAGCGUUUUGCAGCUCUGCUUCGACAUCG